AUGUCAACACAGGAUAUCGCCUGCGUCUCGAUAUCCGACGAGAUAUACAAUUCCUGCACGGGAAAAAACGCUCCCGAUUUCGGAAAAAUGCGCUUGUCGGGCUUUACCGGGCAAAAUAUCACCUACAAAGUCGUCACUGUCGUUGAUGAGCCAUUUGUGAUUAAAACCGUUCGGUCGGAUGGAAGCAUCGAGUGGAGUGGUUUCUCAAUCGAUUUGCUCAAGAUUCUUGCGAAGAAAAUCAACUUCCAGUACGAGAUAUUUGAAGGAACUGCUUAUGGAUCUCAGCAAAUGAGCGAAAAUGGCACCAUGGUGUGGUCCGGUAUGAUUGGCGAUAUCGUUUCUGGAAGGGCGGAUUUUGCCGUUUCUGCGAUGACAGUUACUCCGCAGAGAGAAAAAGUAGUCGACUUUACGAAACGAUACAUGGACUACGCGGUCGGAAUCGUCAUGAAAAAGAAACCAGCUGUUUCUAAUCUGUUCAGCUUUCUCAAUCCCUUUCACAAGACUGUUUGGUACUCGAUCAUUGCCGGUCUGAUCGUUGUGUCCUUGCUCCUCUAUGUUCUCAAUAGAAUUUCACCGAAGAGGAUCAGAGGGCCUCAUUAUCAUGAUUCUUCUCUGCAUGGGAUUUUUUGGUUUGUGUAUUCUUCCCUUGUUCAGCAAUCAACCGACAUGUACUUAGUAACAAUGUCAUCGCAAAUCGUCAUCGGCGUCUGGUGGUUUUUCAUUUUGAUAAUCGUCAGCUCCUACACUGCGAAUUUGGCGGCAUUCCUAACUGUCACUCAGAUGGAGAAGCCGAUUGCCUCCUUCCAAGAUCUCGCCGAUCAGACAGAGAUGGGCUUUGGCACUGUUGGCGACACGAGCAUUUAUGAUUACUUGAAGUUCAAAGCGAGUUUGGACGUUGAGCUGAACAGCUUUUGGACGAAAUUGUGGAAGGGAGUGAAUGACAGUCAAAUUGCUGAUGCUAAUGAUGGAUUUCGCCGCGUUUCGGACUCUGGGCGUAAAUUCGCGUUUUUGUGGGAUGUUCCGAUCAUCGAGUACAAAAUCCUCAACGAUCCUGAUUGUAGCCUAACGACUGUACAAAGCUCUAUCUUCGAAAAAGGCUACGGAAUCGCCGUCCGCCGUGGCCAUCCGAUCAGGGACUUCAUGAGCAUGGAAAUUCUAGAGCUACAAGACAAAGGAGAUCUCGUCAAGCUUAAGAAUCAAUGGUGGCACAAGACUGGUUCCUGCUCGCUAGAACCCGAUGGCCCGAAAAAGCGAAAAGGAGAAUUUACGCUGGAGAACUUUGCCGGUGCUUUCUGCGUCUUGGCGGUGGGUUUGAUCCUUGCUUGCGCGGUUGCUGCCUGCGAGAUCUGGAACUUCAUCCGUUCUGGGAAGAAAUACCCGCCGCCUACUUCUCGUGAAGUCUCGAAGACGAAUUCAAUUGCUGAUGCUGAUCGGUAUCGAGCGGAUGAAUUCAUAAGGAACCUGGAAGUAAAAAGGUACGGCAACAACGACGUCCACAUCGUACUCAAGAACCCCGGUAACAUGUCAAAAUCGCCGAAUAAAGAAGACGAAUACACGAGCUUCUCAAGAAAUUCAAGUUUAAGAAGAGCUUAUCGCCCUCAUAACUCGGAGUAA